AUGCAUAUGACGAAGCAUCUCGCCAUCGAGCUCGCCCCCCGCCGCAUCCUAUGCAAUGCCAUCGCGCCAGGCUUCUUCCCAAGCAAGAUGGCAAACGGCUUCAUCUCAAAGUCCGGCGGCGUGGAGGGACUCGGGAAAGAGAACCCGACAGGCAGGCUCGGGAAAGCCGAAGACAUUGUUGGCUGCGUGGUGUUCCUCUGCUCAAACGCUGCCAGCCACGUUAACGGCGCCAUCAUCCCAAUUGAUGGCGGAAAGCACCUGGCGCAGAGCAGACUAUGA